CAGCCAGGACCGACUCGCCGCGCGGAACCGCGACUCCCUCUGUCCCUCUCCCAGCGGGGCCGCAGCGACCUCCGAGCCCCCCGGGCCCUGCCCCCCAGGAUGCGGAUCUCACACUUUCUGGCUUGUGGACUUUCCCUGGCCCUGCUGUCCAUCCGGCUGGAGGCGAGACCGGCGGCGCAGCCCCAGCAGAAGCCCCCCCGGAGCGCGCCGGGACACGAGCUGGCGGAGAGCCUGGCCGCGGGCCCCGAGCGAGGGGAGACGGCGGGCGGCGGCCGGGGCUCGGGCUCGCGGCUGCUGCGGGAGCUGCGCGUGGACACCAAGUCCCGGGCCGCCUGGGCCCGGCUGCUGCGCGACUACCCCGGCACGCGGCGGCACAAGGGCGUCAGCAAGAAGGGCCUGUCCAAGGGCUGCUUCGGCCUGAAACUGGACCGGAUCGGCUCCAUGAGCGGCCUGGGCUGCUAGAGCGGCGACCCCUGGCGGCGGGCUUUGAAUACAUUUCCCCCCCCCAUGGCCAUGUCUGGCCACUCCCCAACCGACACCUAGAGGAGAAGAGAACACCGGAAAUGGGACAGACGACGUGGUUGUGUUUUUCUUUUCGGUACGAGGAGUCAUGGCACCAGCUGUUUUGGUUUUCUUAUUUUUUUAAGAUUAAAAAGUUCUCUCUAUCUUAUUCUAUACAAACACUCACCAGGACAAAGGACAGUGCUUUUCCAAAAGACUGAUGAAGCCAGCUGUAUAACAUUGCUGUUUGAAAAUCCAUGUCAUGCAUAAAUGUAUUUAUGUUGUAAAGCUAUUUAUAUAUUGUUUAUAAAGAGAUAUUUAUAAAAAUUUUAUUUAUGUAACUAAA